AUGUUGGCCAACGCUGCUACGAUGCGGAUCCUCAUCAAGGGGGGGAAGGUAGUCAACGAUGACUGCACCCUGGAGGCGGACGUCUACAUUGAGAACGGCAUCAUUCAGCAGGUGGGCCGUGAGCUCAUGAUUCCUGGUGGGGCCAAGGUCAUCGACGCCACCGGGAAGCUGGUGAUCCCGGGGGGCAUUGACACCAGCACCCACUUCCACCAGACCUUCAUGAACGCUACCUGUGUGGAUGACUUCUACCACGGCACUAAGGCUGCCCUGGUGGGGGGCACAACCAUGGUGAUUGGACAUGUGCUUCCAGACAAAGACACUUCCCUGCUGGAUGCUUACGAAAAGUGCCGCAGCCUGGCCGACCCCAAGGUGUGCUGCGACUAUGCCCUGCACAUGGGCAUCACCUGGUGGGCACCCAAGGUGAAAUCGGAGAUGGAGACACUGGUGCGGGAAAAGGGUGUCAACUCCUUCCAGAUGUUCAUGACCUACAAGGAUUUGUACAUGCUGCGGGACAGCGAGCUUUACCAGGUCUUCCGUGCCUGCAAGGACAUUGGGGCCAUUGCCCGUGUCCAUGCGGAGAAUGGAGAGCUGGUUGCUGAGGGUGCCAGGGAGGUGCUGGACCUGGGCAUCACUGGUCCAGAGGGGAUCGAGAUUAGCCGACCAGAGGAGCUGGAAGCUGAAGCCACACAUCGCGUCAUCACCAUUGCUAACCGGACUCACUGCCCCGUCUACCUGGUCAACGUUUCCAGCAUGUCGGCUGGGGAUGUCAUAGCCACAGCCAAGAUGCAAGGAAAGGUUGUGUAUGCAGAGACCACCACGGCACACGCCACGCUGACGGGCUUGCACUACUAUCACCAGGACUGGUCACACGCAGCGGCCUAUGUGACCGUGCCGCCCUUGCGGCUGGACACCAACACCUCCACCUACCUCAUGAGCUUGCUUGCCAAUGACACCUUGAACAUAGUGGCUUCUGAUCACCGGCCGUUCACCACCAAGCAGAAGGCCAUGGGCAAGGAGGACUUCACCAAGAUCCCGCAUGGAGUCAGUGGGGUUCAGGACCGCAUGGCUGUCAUCUGGGAACGUGGCGUGGUGGGGGGCAAGAUGGACGAGAACCGUUUUGUUGCCAUCACCAGCUCUAAUGCUGCCAAGAUCCACAACCUGUACCCUCGGAAGGGCCGCAUCAUCCCUGGAGCGGACGCUGACGUGGUUGUGUGGGACCCUGAAGCCACAAAGACCAUCUCAGCCAGCACCCAAGUCCAAGGUGGUGAUGUGAACUUGUAUGAGAACAUGCGCUGCCACGGGGUGCCACUGGUGACCAUCAGCCGGGGACGAGUGGUCUACGAGAACGGCGUCUUCAUGUGUGCAGAGGGCACCGGAAAGUUCUUCCCACUCCGCUCCUUCCCGGAUUCUGUGUACAAGAAACUGGUGCAGCGGGAAAAGAGUUUAAAGCUUAAGAGCGUGGACCGCACCCCGUACCAGGGGGACGUGGCUGUGGUUGUGCACGCUGGGAAAAAAGAGACGGGGACGCCACUUGCAGACACCCCCACCCGGCCUGCCACAAGACACGGGGGCAUGAGGGACCUCCACGAGUCCAGCUUCAGCCUGUCCGGUUCUCAAAUCGAUGACCAUGUUCCAAAGCGAGCUUCGGCCCGGAUUCUCGCUCCCCCCGGAGGCAGGUCUAGCGGCAUUUGGUAACUGCCCCCCAGACUUGUCCCCCAACUAAGGACGCCAUCACCACCCCCCACUUGCCCGGCUGCCUUCC